GCGUUCAGCCGCGGGUUUACACGCACCGUCCACAGGCGCAGCCAUUCUGCUCGUAGCGUGGCGACGCUUGGUAAUGUUUUGGAGAGCGUCGUCCAAUCAGAGGAGGGUUUGGUGGGGCUCGACCAAUGGGAGCAGCGGUUGCUACGGAGCCGCUCGCUGUGGCUGUCGAAGAGGAAGUUCAACCUGUGCAGUGAAGUGCAUGGUCGGAGGAUUGCAGCGUUCGUUCACAGGUGGAGAUGUUCCGCCGUGUGCUGGGGACCACUUUGGGUUUUGUGGGCUACACGGUCCAGUAUGGCUGUAUUGCACAUUGUGCCUUUGAAUACUUCGGAGAAUUUGUGGUGUGCUCCGGUCCAUCAAUGGAGCCGACUAUUGUCAACCAUGAUAUUGUCUUCUCAGAGAGGAUGAGUCGUCACCUAUGCAAAAUAGAAAAGGGGGAUGUGGUGAUUGCAAAGAGUCCAUCCAACCCAAAUAUGAACAUUUGUAAAAGGGUAAUUGGGCUGGAGGGAGAUAAAGUCUGCACAAGUUCCCCAUCAGACAUGUUCAAGUCCCACACAUAUGUUCCAAAAGGCCACGUAUGGCUAGAAGGGGAUAACCUUAGGAAUUCCUCUGACUCACGCAGCUAUGGCCCAAUUCCCUAUGGGCUCAUCCGAGGGCGUGUUUGCUUAAAGCUCUGGCCGCCACAUAGUUUUGGGACCCUCAGUGAAAGCCCAACCAGACGGAUCAUUAAAAGUCACAAUGACUCAGAUUGACUCAUUCAAUUUGUUUAUACUGUAUGUUACUUUGCUUUCAAUCUUUUUCAAUAAAGCUUGAUAUUUGUUUAAAGUU